AUACAUACGUUUUACAAGACCAAACGACAUAUACAAUCACAAUGGAGAAGCAAGGUGUCCCCAUGCAGCAAUAUCCUCAGUCGCCAGACGUGACGGGCCAGCAACAACCACCCACCUACCACCAGGACCCGAACAUGCAGUACCAGCAACAACAGCCCGUCUACGCACAGCAACCUCAGCAGCAGUACGCCGGCUCUCCGCCUCCUCAACAACCCCAGGGCGCAUACAUCCAGCCCCAGCAACCCGGCAUGCCGCCGCAGCAACAGGGCGGCAACGUCUACCAAAACGUAACGCCAAUCGCAAGCCUGAGCCGUGGACCCGCGCCUGUAGACUGCCCUGCGUGCGGCCAGCGGGCCAUGACCAACACGGCGUUUGAGAUUGGAAAUACCAACCAUGCCUGGGCGCUCGGUGUCUGCUGCUUUACGCUGUGCUUGGGUUUCAUUCCUUAUGUCGUCAACUCGCUCAAGGAUGUACAGCACAAGUGCGGGCGCUGCGGUGUCUUGCUUGCUACAUGGCAUCGUAGCGGUACCACCGAGGUGCAUAUCCAUGCUUAAGUGCCUUGACGAGCCUGCGCGUGUCGCUAUGCAUGUUCUAGGUGGAAGUGGGUGAGGGGGAGAGGGGGCGUAUAGGGCGUUACUUUUCACAUCAUACCCUGACAUGAGUCGUUUUUUGUAUGUAGCUUUC